AUGUCAGGAGAUGUAAGUUUGUCUUUUCUUUACUUUGAUAAAUAAAUUUUUAGCUUAAAGCCGAUUUGGAAGAGCUGGUCGCUCUUAGAAAACAGAGCUCUCGACCUAAAGUUCAAGGUUUGUUGGAUAUUGAGAUUCAGAAGAUUGAAACAGCUUUGAAGAACGAGAAGAAGACUGUAAGUUGUAGUUUUUAUUGUUUAUUUUGAGUUUAGGAAACUUCUGAAUCAAAGAAACAGCCAGCAACCAGAGUGGUAUCAAGCUCUCGUCCUUUGAAGAAGAUUACUACUUUUGGUGGGUGUAAUAUCGUGUUUGUUUUUAUUUUACUUAUCUUAAACCUAUUAAUGUAUUUUAAAGUUAGUGACUCUAAAUUCUAUUGACUAUUUUGUUGUAUUUCAGCCUACGAUGAAAGCGACAAGUUUGUGAAACUUUACUACACUGUGAACGGCAUUCAAAGUCAUCCAGCUGAUAAAAUUGAGAAGAAGUUUGAAGAAGAGUAAGUUUUUGUUUUAUUGAUGUUAUUUUUACAUUCCUACGGAUUACUUAAAUUUUGGAGAACAAAAUAUUGUUUUAGGUCUUUCUACGUCCGCGUUAAUGACUUGAACGGAAUUGACUAUGAGUUUGUUGCUCAAGGCCUCAGCUACCCUAUUGACGUUGAAAAGACUGUUUUGAAGGUAAGAAUAUUAUUUUUUCAUUUUUUAAGAUCAUAAUAUUGUUAUUGACCGUUUUUAUCUUUAUUUCUAAAUAUUUCAAUUUCUAGCAAAAGACCGACUCUCUGUUGUUGAUGUUGAAGAAGCAAAAGGAAGGUCAGAAAUGGGACAAAUUGUUGAAGUUAGACAAGUCAAGCACACCUGACGUGCCAGCACCCGGAGAUAUGGGUAUGGGCGGCUCGGGUGAUCCUCAAGCUGGCCUAAUGACCAUGAUGAAGACCAUGUAUGAUCAAGGAGAUGAUGAAAUGAAACGGCAGAUCAACAAAGCUAUGUUUGAAAGUCAACAGAAACGAGGUGCUCCUGGAGGCCUGGGCGGCUUGGACAUGGAGGGAAUUUAA